AGUUAUCAGAAUAAUUUUAGGGGGCGCGAAACCAAAGAGCAAAUACUGUUGUCGUUUAUCUUUGGAGCUGCAUGUCCAUGUAAACGUUUAAAAAAGGCUAGUUCUUUUGGGCUUUUUUCUGUGUUUUUAUUCGCCAUGUGUGAAAAGAUCAAGAAGGUGAACAGCUGGCUCAGCACGGUGUUUGGAGAUCAGCCGGUGCCACAGUUCGAGGUCAACACCAGGACAGUGGACAUCCUGUACCAGCUGGCUCAGUCCAGUGAAGCCCGAUGCAGUGACACAGCUCUCCUCAUAGAAGACGUCAAACAGAAGGCAUCCGAGUAUCAGGCUGACGGUGCACAUCUCCAGGAUGUUCUUCUACAAGGUGUUGACCUGUCCUGUGCAAGCUUGUCAAAGCCUGCUGCUGACUACCUGUCUGCUUUAGUGGACAACGCAAUGGUGCUUGGAGUGAGAGACACAGCAAUGAGCAGCUUCAUGCCAGCAGUGAACAACCUCACCAGUGAACUUCUGGAGGCAGAGAAGUCAAACAGAAAACUUGAGAGGGAACUCAGGGCCCUCAGAAAGAGACUUGCUGCCACUCUGGUGCUGAGGAGCAGCUUACAAGAGGAUAUCAACAAAACUGUGAAAGCUCAGGCAGUGGAGAGCGCCAAAGCAGAGGAGAGACUACUCAACAUGGAUUUUGUGACGACAAAGGCUAAAGAGCUCAGCCACAGACGGGAGAGGGCAGAGGCUCAACUUGUAUCCAGGAACAUGGACAAGUCUAUCACCCACCAGGCUAUUGUGCAGCUCUCUGAGGAAGUCACCACACUGAAACAAGAAAUAAUCCCCUUGAAAAAGAAACUGGAGCCGUACAUGGACCUCAGCCCAAGCCCAUCUCUUGCUCAAGUGAAAAUAGAAGAAGCAAAAAGAGAAUUGGCUGCACUUGAUUCCCAGCUUGAGAUGAAAGUGGAUUUCAAGUGAGAAUCUUUUGUAAUGAAAAAAGCUGUACCUUUUCUGUGUUUGAAAACUAAUAAAAUUAAUAGUUUCCAUGUC